AUGAAGACUGUGGAUAAAAGUGGACUGCCCGGUAAAUAUAAAGCCUGGAUAUACCAACAUGGGAUACUACCUCGCUUGCUGUGGCCGCUAUUGGUGUAUGAGGUACCAAUGAGCACAGUAGAAGGGAUGGAAACAACAGCGAGCAGAUACCUGAGGAGAUGGCUGGGGGUACCACGAAGUUUCAGCAGCAUUGGAUUAUACAGCUCUGGGACUAAGCUACAGUUACCUAUAAAGUCAAUAACUGAGGAAUUCAAGGUGACAAAGGUGCGUCAGCACCUAAUGUUACAGAAUAGCAAAGACGAGAAGGUUAGGACAGCAAAAGUAGAUAUCAGGACGGGGAGAAAAUGGUCAGUAAAAGAAACUGUACAAGAAGCAGAAUCCCGCUUGAGACACAGUGACAUUGUUGGAAGACUGGCAAUAGGAAGGCAGGGACUUGAUGUCACACCAACAGCAAGAUGGGGUACAGCUUCGGUAGAGGAGAAGCGUAGUUUGGUGCAGAGAGAGGUGCGUGCAAUGGAGGAAGAUUCGAGAAUGGUCAAAGCAGUGGGAAUGAAGAAACAAGGCAGCUGGGUGAACUGGGAUAAUGCACGUCAAGUGAAGUUGGGAUGGAAUGAUAUUUGGAAGAUGGAACCAUUCAGACUUCAGUUUAAGCUGAAAUCAGUUUAUGAUGUUCUUCCCAGCCCAACUAACCUGGCAACAUGGGGAAUGACAGAAGAUCCAAAUUGUGUCCUCUGUGGUAGACCAGCAAACUUGGAGCACAUAUUAUCAGCAUGCUCAGAGGCUUUGAAAGAUGGGAGAUACACUUGGAGACAUGAUAGAGUCCUAGCCAGUAUAGCUGACACCUUGGAGAAAGGUAUUAAAAGGCCAAAGAAGAACGCAGAGAGCCUGAGAUUCGUCAACUUUGUGAAAGAAGGUGAAAAGGGACAUAAAGCUAGAGUUGAAGGAAGUGGUCUCUUGGGGACAGCAACAGAUUGGCAGAUGCGGGUAGACCUUAAGGAAAGAUUAGUAUUUCCGCCGGAAAUAAUAGCCACAAACAAGAGGCCGGAUGUAGUACUUUGGUCAAUGGCUACAAGACAGACAAUUAUUUUGGAGUUAACAGUGCCAUGGGAAGAAAGGAUGGAGGAUGCAUAUGAAAGGAAAAAUCUUAAGUACCAAGACCUACUGAAAGAUUGUCAGCAGAACGGAUGGAAGGUCUGGUUUUUUGCAGUGGAAGUGGGUUGUAGAGGAUUCGUGGGACAGUCUAUGUGGAGAGCACUGAGAGCCAUUGGCAUAACGGGAGCAGAGAGAAGGAGGCUGAUAAGGAAUCUGUGCAGGGAGGCAGAAUCAGCGUCCAUGUGGUUGUGGAGAAGAAGAGCAGAUAAGUGGAAAGACAAUAAACAUUAG